CGGCCACCGUCGCUCUCGGAACGCUCGCUCGUGACCCGGAAGCGCAUUCUCCCUAGCAACUGCGGGUCUGCGGCGGCGCCGGCCUCCGGGGAGCGACGCUCGUGACAACUGAGCUGCUCAAGGCAGGAAGAACUCUGAGCUGAAUAGUAGUGGGUCCCUGAAUCUGGAAAGAAGAAGCCACCUUGGAACCAGUAAUGAACCAUCCUGACUACAAGCUGAACCUUCAGUCUCCAGGGACUCCCAGAGGUGUGUCCUCUGUGGUUGGCCCGAAUGCUGUUGGUGCUUCGCCAGGUGACAAAAAGUCAAAGAACAAGUCCAUGCGAGGGAAGAAAAAGAGCAUAUUUGAAACCUACAUGUCCAAGGAGGAUGUUUCAGAAGGCUUGAAGAAAGGAACGCUUAUCCAGGGUGUAUUGAGGAUCAAUCCAAAGAAGUUUCAUGAAGCCUUCAUUCCUUCUCCGGAUGGUGAUCGGGACAUUUUUAUUGAUGGAGUUGUUGCUCGUAAUAGAGCCUUAAAUGGGGACCUUGUGGUUGUAAAACUGCUUCCUGAGGACCAGUGGAAGCCAAGGAUAACCUUGUCUCUGCCUGGAGUGCUGGGAUUACAGGGAGUUAAACCAGAGAACAACGACAAAGAAACAGAAGCUACUAAUGAAACUGACAUCUCUGAGGAGUGCUGUGGACACCACCUUCUGCAGAAGUCCCCAAAAGGCUGGAAUGGUCCUGAUGUCAUUAUAGAGGCUCAGUUUGAUGACAGCGACUCAGAAGAUAGACAUGGCAACACCAGUGGGCUGGUCGAUGGUAUGAAGAAAUUGUCAGUCUGUACUCCUGACAAAGGAAAAGAAGAUUCUAGUGCUCCAGUUAUGAAAGACGAGAACACCCCCAAGUCACAGGACACAAGAGCUUUAUCAGAGAAGUCACUCCAGAAAUCAGCAAAGGUGGUUUACAUCUUGGAGAAAAAGCAUUCCCGAGCAGCAACCGGCAUCCUGAAACUCUUGGCUGACAAGAACAGUGACCUGUUUAAGAAAUAUGCCCUGUUUUCUCCUUCAGACCACCGAGUACCUAGAAUUUAUGUACCACUCAAGGACUGUCCCCAGGACUUCAUGACCCGACCCAAAGACUAUGCCAACACGCUGUUCAUCUGCCGCAUCAUAGACUGGAAGGAGGACUGUAAUUUUGCCCUGGGGCAACUGGCUAAGAGUCUUGGGCAGGCUGGUGAAAUUGAACCUGAAACAGAAGGGAUCCUGACAGAAUAUGGUGUGGACUUCUCUGAUUUCUCUUCAGAAGUUCUCGAAUGUCUCCCCCAAAGCCUGCCCUGGACAAUUCCACCUGAGGAGGUGGGCAAGAGAAGAGACCUAAGAAAAGACUGUAUCUUCACUAUUGACCCAUCAACUGCUCGAGACCUUGAUGACGCCCUCUCCUGCAGGCAGCUCACUGAUGGCACCUUCGAAGUGGGCGUCCACAUAGCCGAUGUGAGUUACUUCGUUCCUGAGGGAUCCUCUUUGGAUAAGGUAGCUGCUGAGAGAGCCACAAGUGUCUACUUGGUCCAGAAGGUGGUCCCCAUGCUUCCCAGGCUUCUGUGUGAGGAACUCUGCAGCCUCAACCCCAUGACUGACAAGCUGACCUUCUCUGUGAUCUGGAAGCUGACUCCUGAAGGCAAGAUCCUUGAGGAGUGGUUUGGCCGCACUAUCAUCCGUUCUUGCACCAAAUUGAGCUACGACCAUGCGCAGAGCAUGAUCGAAAAUCCGACUGAAAAGAUCCCCAAGGAAGAGCUUCCCCCUAUUUCUCCAGAGCACAGCAUCGAGGAGGUGCACCAGGCAGUCCUGAACCUGCACAGCAUUGCAAAGCAACUCCGCCGCCAGCGCUUUGUAGAUGGUGCACUCCGUUUAGAUCAGCUGAAGCUUGCUUUCACUCUGGACCAUGAGACUGGAUUGCCUCAAGGAUGUCAUAUCUAUGAGUACCGAGACAGCAACAAGCUUGUAGAGGAGUUCAUGCUCCUGGCCAACAUGGCAGUGGCCCACAAGAUCUUCCGCACCUUCCCUGAGCAGGCCCUGCUGCGCCGGCAUCCCCCACCGCAGACGAAGAUGCUCAGUGACCUGGUGGAGUUCUGUGACCAGAUGGGGCUGCCCAUGGAUGUCAGCUCUGCAGGGGCCCUAAAUAAAAGCCUGACCAACACAUUUGGAGAUGACAAGUACUCUCUGGCCCGGAAAGAGGUGCUCACCAACAUGUACUCCCGGCCCAUGCAGAUGGCACUGUACUUCUGCUCUGGGAUGCUGCAGGACCAGGCGCAGUUCCGGCAUUAUGCUCUCAACGUUCCCCUCUACACACACUUCACCUCUCCCAUCCGCCGCUUUGCUGACGUCAUAGUGCACCGCCUCCUGGCUGCUGCUCUGGGCUACAGUGAGCAGCCAGAUGUGGAGCCUGAUGCCCUACAGAAGCAAGCCGACCACUGCAAUGACCGCCGCAUGGCCUCUAAGCGUGUGCAGGAGCUCAGCAUUGGCCUCUUCUUCUCAGUUCUAGUAAAAGAGAGCGGCCCCCUGGAGUCUGAAGCCAUGGUGAUGGGUGUCCUGAACCAAGCUUUCGAUGUGCUGGUACUGCGCUUUGGGGUGCAAAAACGCAUCUACUGCAACGCACUGGCCUUGCGCUCCUACCACUUCCAGAAGGUGGGGAAGAAGCCAGAGCUCACUCUUGUUUGGGAGCCAGAUGACCUUGAAGAGGAGCCAACACAGCAGGUCAUCACCAUCUUCAGCCUGGUGGAUGUGGUCCUGCAGGCAGAGGCCACAGCCCUCAAGUACAGUGCUAUCCUGAAGCGACCAGGCCCGGAGCAUUCCCUGGGUCUGGAGAAGGAGUCUGAUGAGGAGCCUGAGGACUGAAUGCUAACCCAAGCCAGGCUUGUGCCUGCCCUACCCUGCUGGCUUUUAGGAAUAGGACCUUCUGACACCAAAGGGGAUUUUUAAUUUGGUUUUUAACAACUCAGGGGUUUGUUUUUAUUUUUUUCAUUUUAUUUUACUUUUGCAGCUCAAUUUUUAAAUGAACUGGAAGGUUAGGGGUCAGGGCAGGGAAUGCUGAGGCUUGGCCAGUGCUUCCCUGAGAAGAGAGAAUCCCAGUCCUCCUGGGCAGGCAGCCCCGCUUCUACCAGGCGACCCACUGCCCUUCCCUGCCCAGGAAACAGGGGGUUUCAGCAAAUCAGUGUCAUGGAAUAAAAUCAAGUGUGAAUUGCA